AUGUCUGAGCUGGAGAAGGCCAUGGUGGCCCUCAUUGAUGUUUUCCAUCAGUAUUCCGGAAGGGAGGGUGACAAGCACAAGCUGAAGAAAUCGGAACUCAAGGAGCUCAUCAACAAUGAGCUCUCCCAUUUUUUAGAGGAAAUCAAAGAGCAGGAGGUCGUGGAUAAAGUCAUGGAAACUCUGGACAGUGAUGGAGACGGCGAAUGUGACUUCCAGGAAUUUAUGGCCUUCGUUGCCAUGGUUACCACCGCCUGCCAUGAGUUCUUUGAACACGAGUGAGGCAGCAGGAGCAGCUACUGUGUUCAGUGGCUGUUGAGGGUCACACAAGCAGAGAGCAAGGGCUUGCAGGCUAGUAGGAGCUGAGCUUUCCAGCCAUGUUGUAGCU